GGAAGGUGGUUAAAUUACUUGAAGACGGAUCCAAAAAACUUGUAGCUUACGGAACGGUCAUGGUUGCUGGAGAUGUCCUUCACGGAUCUCCCUUUCCUGAAGACUGCUUACGUGUGGCGAUUGAUGAGGUUGUUGAUGAUAAUGCACGAUUACCCAAACCUAUUUCAGAUGACAUGGUUACAGUGGGAAAUGCAUUAGGAACCCAUGUAGCAUGGCCUACUCAUUUGGUGGUGGAGAAAUCAAUUGAGAAACCUGAUAAGAAGACACGUGGAAAAAAGAUUUUGAAAGAGUCCGCGGUGAAGAAUUUGUCAUCAUUGCCUUCAUCAUUGGUAGCACUAUAUUGUAUGAUGGAGAAGUCAUUCGCGGGUGAAGGAAUACGUCUUCCAAUAGACUUUGAAAUGUUUGGGCAAGAUCUAAGCGUUUGGAUUCUCUUGAAGGAUGAUGUGAUUCCCUUUUGUAAUCUGGAACCGAUUACAGGGAACAGCAUUAUCGCAUACAUUUGCCAUUCUUAUGGAAAGAUGAAGACAGAGGGAAGUCUUGGGAGGUUUAUGUUUGUGAAUCCAUUUACUGUAUCUCAUAAUCGACAAGACUCAACCGAGACAAGAGCCCGCAAACUAGCAGACAGGUUACUUCAGGCUUUAUCAAAUCAGCUGGUACUCGUUCCUUGCAACGUGGGUGGGCAUUGGAUUCUGACAAUCAUUGAUCUUGAGAAAGAUCGUGUCUCUUUGAUGGAUCCAAUUUGUCAUCGGAAUAAAGAUACCCCAUGGAAACUCGUCGUUGACACUGCGAUGAAUAUUGUGAAUGCACACAAGGGAAAAAAAUUCAAGAAAACAGCAAGUUGGGAAGUGGUUAAGGGUCCUAUCCAGCCUGAUGCAUCUCAAUGUGGAUUUUAUGUCAUGAAGUUCAUGAAAGAGAUCAUAACACGCUAUGAACUUAAUGCCUACACGUCUCUAUCAUCGAUGUUUAAGAAUGUUAAGACAUACACCGAAGCUGAAAUCGAUGAUAUUCGUGAGGAAUGGGCAACUUUUGUGAUAAAGCAUGUGUUUGCUUGAACUUUAGGAAUGGAGCAGAUGAUAGGAAAGAUAGAAGUUCCCGGGAACUACAAUCCUUAUUUACAACAAGAAGACUACAACAUGGAUGGAUAACCGUAUAGAUCUCUUGACUUGUGGUAUAUGUGCUUUAUGAACUGAAAAUAUUAGUUUCUUCUACUCGAACUCGGAGAAUGCUGACCUUGUCGUCUUGAACUGCAUUUUGUCUGGCCUCGUUGCUUUAAAUUACUCAUGUAUUGGACUGCAUUUUGCCCUGUAGAUUAACAGAUCUUACUUUUGAAUCUUUGAUGAUUGUUUUUGCAACUUCUGAAUGUUAAUAUUAUGUUCUCAAUGUUAUUUUA